UGUGUGUGUGUGUGUGUGUGUGUCUGUGUGUCUGUGUGUCUCUGUGUGUAAGAAUAUUGUAACGGCCGGCAGGAUGCCGUUGUGUUGACUGUUCUGCACGGCAGUGCAAAGGAUCAUGGGACUAGGUUAUUAACAGUUCCUGUCCUAGUUUAAGUGUGUAAAUUAUGUUCUGUUAGUGUUUUCGUUAUGCAUUUGCGUUACCUAGGUUAUAGUCUUGAUUUAGUGUUCAUGUUUAUUUACGUUUGUUGGGUUACCAUGACUACAACUGCUUCUUCCAUUUGUAUUUUAAAUCGUGCUGGAACACCGAUGCAGGGAGCUACGUGGAAGAAGUCAAAGAGCCAGAGAUAUUGAAAUCUACGGAAGUUUAUUUAUCUUCUACACACACUGGAUACACACUCGCUUUGGACUCACAAUAGGAAUACAACUUUAAUGUUUAAAGAGGACGUGCAGCUGUCCAGCGUCUGAUUGUGUACCUGAACACAGUGCACACCGCUCAGAGUCUCUGCCAAAACACCAGUGAUAUGGCUGCUGCAAACUACCUACAAUCUGAAGAUCAGUUUCUGUGCUCCAUCUGUCUGGAUGUGUUCACUGAUCCUGUCACCACACCAUGUGGUCACAACUUCUGCAAGAACUGCAUCAUUGAACACUGGAAUACUAAUGACCAGUACUUGUGUCCCCUGUGUAAGGAGGGUUUUACCACAAUACCUGAUUUGAGGGUCAACACUUUCAUCUCUGAGAUGGUCGCUCAGUUCAGACAGUCAGCUCAACAGAAAGCCAGCAGCAGCAGCUCAGAGCAACACGUGUCCAAACCAGGAGAAGUUCCCUGUGACGUCUGCACUGGAACCAAACUGAAGGCCCUGAAGUCCUGCCUGGUGUGUCUGGUCUCCUACUGUGAGACUCAUCUGGAGCCUCAUCUGACAAUGUCAGGCCUGAAAAGACAUCAGCUGAUCGACCCUGUGGAGAACCUGGAAGGCAGGAUUUGUACGAAGCACGAUAAACCUCUGGAGCUGUUCUGUAAGACCGACCAGACAUGUGUCUGCAUGCUCUGCUCUGUUUUAGAGCACAAGAUGCAUGAUGUUGUUCCUCUGACAGAAGAAUAUGAAAGAAAGAAGGCCGAGGCUGAAAUUCAGCAGAUGAUCCAGAAGAGACGACUGAAGAUUCAGGAGAUCAAACGCUCAGUCAACCUUAGUGAGGAAGAUGCAGACAGAGAGAUAGCAGAAGGUGUUCAGGUCUUCACUUCUCUGAAGGAGUCUGUUGAGAGAGGCCUGAAUGAGCUCAUCAACACGAUCAAUGAGAAGCAGAACACAACAGAAAAACAGGCCAAAGCUUUCAUCAAAGAGCUGGAACAGGAAAUCUCUGAGCUGAGGAAGAGAAGCACUGAGGUGGAGCAGGUGUUACGCUCUGAAGACCACCUCCAUCUUCUCCAGAGUGUCCAGUCCCUAAACAUCCAACAACCUCCACCCACCAAGGACUGGACAGAGGUCAGCGUCCAUCCAUCAUCAUAUGAGGGGACUGUGGUGAAAGCUGUGGUUCAGCUGGAGGAGACACUCAGUAAACAGAUGAAGAAGCUGCUUGCUGAGUCUGAGAUGAAGAGGGUCCAGCAGUAUGCAGUGGAUGUGACUCUUGAUCCUGAUACAGCACAUCCUGAACUCAUCCUGUCUGAUGAUGGGAAACAAGUGAAUCUUGGUGAUGUGAGGAAGAAUCUCCCAGACAACCCAGAGAGAUUUUCUAAUUGGCUUUGUGUUUUAGGAAAACAGAGUUUCUCUUCAGGCAGAUUUUACUUUGAGGUUCAAGUUAAAGGAAAGACUGAAUGGACUUUAGGUGUGGCCGGAGAGUCGAUCAAGAGGAAGGGGGACAUCAUCCCACCGGACCCUCAGAAUAGUUUCUGGACAAUAUUGAUGACAAUUGAAAAUGAGUACUACGCUUUUUCUGGUGUCCUUCUCUCUCUGAAGUCUCGGCCUCAGAAGGUGGGGGUGUUUGUGGAUUAUGAGGAGGGUCUGGUCUCCUUUUAUGAUGUAGAUGCUGCAGCUCUUAUCUCCUCCUUUACUGGCUGCUCCUUCACUAAGAAACUCUUUCCAUUCUUCGGUCCCGGUAGGAAUGAUGAUGGUGAAAACUCUGCCCCUCUGAUCAUCUCUCCCGUCAGAGUAAACUAAUCACUGAUCUCAUUUCAGGUAUUGAUUUAUUUUCAAUAAAAGGAACAAAAAUGUACAUAUUCAUAUAUUUUACAUCUUAUUUUCUACAGAAUCUUUUUCCUGUGGUGACUGAUUUACACUUUAUUCCAUUUAUUAUCAUAUGGGUAAAUGUGCAGCAAUUCUUUGCAAAUUAAAUCAAACUUCAUCUUGA